GAUGAGCGGUAGAUGAGGGUGCGCUUUAUGAAAAUAUUUUUGUUUGUUUGUUUCCGAAUGUGUUUCCAUCUAUGUGUAAUCGUAUAAAGUAGGUUGUGAUAGAUAUAAAACAAUGGCGCGAGUAUGAGCAGUAAUUCAAUUUUAAAUGAACAUCUUAUGGUUAGAGAACGGCUGCAGGAGGCCUACAGGAAGAUAAUAUUUAUCUCUGACCAUGAUUUCGCUCAGGAUCCCGUCUAUAAGAAAGCCAAUCAGGUUUUGUAUGCUAGAAUAAAAAAAUUGGAAGAGAAUCCGGAAGUGGAGCGGGUGCGAAACGUGCGGGAUGUGAUACCAAGUAGUAAUCUAGCAAGGUAUGGGCCGUACCCGUACGACGAAGUACGUGAGAGGGCGUACACUCCAAGUUGGUGGGAGCCUCUUAUCUCGUCAUCCACGAUCUGCUACCAUGGACCUCAGCAACCCGCUGCAACCGUCGUCGAAUCGUGGACGACGCCAGAGGUCGAGCAGAUUUUUAGGCACACCAUCUACGCCGGUUCAUUGAAUUUCAACAUCUACGAGGCUGAAUUAGAACAUCUGGACAAGAUUUCGGUCAUCGAGGAUAUGCCCUUACCGUCGCUUGUAUCGGCUUGUUGUGGCGGCGAAUUCCGUAAAUUUUACAAUUACAAUCCGGUUAUUGAGCAACUCUUCGAGCGAACAACUACAAAACAGCUCAGGAACGCGAAACAUCCGGAAGCGGAAAAUUACUUGCCCUAUUAUUUUAACGUCAAGGAAUACGAGGAUGUAUUACUUAGGAAGAAAAUACUAGCAGGUUUCAAAACAUAAU